UCCAAAAGCCAGUCCUGAAAUUAACCCUAGAGCAGUAAUCUAACCGCGAUCAGAGGUAAAACCAUUUAGGCGGGAAACGAAGAUCCCCUGGAGGCCUAAACAAUUGCAACCCUCUUCGUCUCUGUAUACCAUCUUGCAUUCAACGACUCUCCACAUACUUCACUCUACUCUCCACAGAAUGGCCAGUGGUCGCCGGAGAAAUGCGCCGGCGGUGCUCAAGAACGCAGUGGUUGAAAAGGCGCUUAAGACAGAUGAAACCGAUGAAAAGUCAUUGAUAGUUUUGGAUGAUUCGUCAUUGGAAUUGGGAAUCGCUGAGCUUCGUGGACGAUGGGAACUGGCUUCUGUUCUCAAUUUCUUGAGUGUUUUUGAGCCAGUUAUUGGUAGUGAUUUGAAGUUGACUGCAGAGGAGAUUGAGACUGGUCUUGUGAAGCCUAAUAGUUCGCUUGCCCAACUUCACAUUAAUUUAUUGAAGGGCAUACCACCUGUGAGUAAAACAUUGAAUGUCUCUGAGGCAUGGGUGACUGCACUUUGCAAGAAAAUUGCCACAUGGUGGCCAUGGGUCGCUGAAGGCGAGAUACCCUUGACUGCAGGAAAUGGAAAGGAGAUAUCCAGAUAUAAGGAACUAAAGCCAACAAAUCGUUUACAAAUUCUGAAAGCACUUUGUGAAAUCCGUGCUGAUCAAGAUGAUGCUGUAUGUUAUAUUAAUGAUGCGUUGAAAAGUGGAACUGAGAUCUCAUGUUUCCGCAAAGAGAAGAUUGGGGGAGAUGGUAAUGCAACUUCUUAUUGGUGUGAUGGGGGUACAGUAAUUGGCUAUAGGUUGUAUAAGGAAGCAAGGAAGACUGAGGCAAAGAUGAAAACAAAAGGGAAAGCAUCUAGUAGUCUGCCAGCUAUCUCCAUUCAAUGGCAAACCCUAGCAACCAACCUUGAGGAAUUUCAAACAGUUGUGGAUGAAUGUUCAUCUAGCAAGGUUAUGGGAGAAAAUGCUGUUGGCAAAACUAUUGAAACCAGCUUUCUUCCUGCUGUGGAGAAGCUCCACAAGAAGAAAGAAAGGGCACUCAAACAAAAACAAAGGCAAGAAAGGCUCCUGAAUGACUUGAGAUCCUGUAGGACUGGAAUUACUCGUUCCUGUCGCAAUCGUAGGCCUAUCAGUUACACCUUUGAUGAGUAUGAUUGUGCAAUUGAUGAGGCUAUAGAAAUAAUAAAGAAAAGGAAGACGAGUAAAGAACAAAGGAUCAAAAAGAAGCACAUUGGGCGAGGAGAAUCUGCUUUUGACAUGGGCACCGAGUUGAAAGAAAGUUGCACUAAUAUUGGUCAUUCAGACACAGACACAAACUCAAAAGAUGAAAAUAUGAAACAAAAUGACUCCUCAGAUAGUGAGACUGAAAGUGACCAGAUUCAACAAGAGGAUGAUGGUGAUGAUGAUUAUAACAGCAAACAUGAUAGUGAUAAUGAUAACAGCAAUAAAUCAGGCAAUUCUGAUGAGAAAGAGAACAAUCCUGGUGACCAGAACUGUUCUCAGAAGCUGUUUGGGUCUCGGUGGAGUAAGAGACUGGCAGGAGGUGUGAGCCAUCCCGCUGUGGCAACCGGAGACUUGGCUGCGAAGAAUAGGAUGAGGCAAAGACCUACACGUAACACUGCCCUCGACUCUGUUGUUCCUGAUUCAGAGGAUGAAAACAUGUCAGAAAAAACUAAGGGCGAGACAUCAGAACAUGAAGACUUUCCACCAAUAGCUGAUUCAGAAGAGUGGAGCGAUGGUUAAAACUUUUGAACAAAAUCAAAUAUGCAAGUGCAUGACGUGCAUAUGCUCGAAGCAAGCGCCCUUUUUUGGUAAUUUGGUAUAUAUAUUUCGGAAUGUUGUGGAAGUAUGUUAUCGGAAUUCGGUCAGUAUUUUCCUUUUCUUUUUUUGCCCUUUAGCCCCAUUGUUUCAAAGGAUCUUGUAGUCUAUUGGAAGAAAGGUAAUCAAUUUAUAGCUCAGAUUUACCAUCAAGCAAACGGAUUCUCUUGAAGACUCUUCAGUAAGCUUACUAAUAUAAUUUGUAUAGAUUGAUAAUGCAUAUGGCAUUUUUUGCCCCA